AUGGGCACACAUUCAUUAGGAAAUAAUUCAUCAGAUGCCCCUCAAGUUCCCGCAAGGAUGUCUACUACGGUGGUUCGUGCUGGUUCGGUCAGAACUCCUUCUAAUCGUCAAAGUGUAGAACAAGUGGAGCUUAAAUCCGACGGCGAGUCACUUUCCCCACCUUCACCUCGAGUCCUCGUUGAAACACGUUAUCUCCUGGCCCACGAAGUUCCCACAACUACUACUCUAUCUGGUGUUCAGCGUAGUCGUUCCUUAAUGACCCAUGCGGAUAUGAAUCCCUCCAAACGAUUCUCUGUCGAACGUGGGAGUUGGGACUCAUCAGAAAAUACGGGAUAUUCACGCACCCCCUCCUUCUCUUUCACCACUGAUUCAAAUGCCACUUCAUUUAAUCGACCGCUUCAUCAGUUUCAAUCCGACCUCAAAGGUUCUGAACGAAUUCCAAUGACAGUGAAACCUCCAGCCACGAAGAACAACCACUGCCACAGUUGGGAAGAAAUGGACGUGGAUUCAACAUUGGAGAUGCUGAAGGAGAUGCAGGAUCAGUUGGAUCGAAGCCUAGCCUUGAGAAAUCAACGGACUGCGCCAUUUCAUUCGACUACCUCGUCAACUUCGACUGCCUCAGAGUGGAAACCAACCUUCGCUACUAGGCGAAACAGAGACGUUGAAGAUGCGGGGAAUUUUGAAGGUCCUGGUCGAACACUAUAUUCUGUCCUGGGACAAGACAUGGCUGCCUGGAACGAGCAGAAUUCUGCAUUUAAAACCACGCCUAAUCGUAAGGGAAUAGUGCGCUCCGCUUCCACUUACUCACCUGUGAAUUACAAGUCUUCCGCGUCUGUUGAUGACGACUCACAGCGUAAUCAAUAUGUGUUUCGUACUCCAACAGCGUCUUUUAGCAGUGGAUCAGGUGUUACGCGCUCAAGUACCUCCGAACGACUGCAUGGUGGUACAAAGGCCAUAUAUACGUCACGGGGACCCUUUCGUCACAACGUCUCCACCGACCAUCUGCUGACUCGAGUUCAUCCUGCUACAAUUGCUCGGGGAGCUACUUCACGUUCGUAUGAUUUUGAAAUUGAGCACAGACGUUGUCAGAGCGCUGAGCAGAAUGUCAAUGACAACAUCGAUGCCGGCCGACAACCAAGCGUUGCUGAGCGUGUGAAACUCUUCCAAAAUGCCAUUGAAAAUCACUGUAAAUAG